AUAAUCGGUUGUCUUUGGGUGCGUUUGGCCGGCGUUUCGGGCGCUCUGGCCGUCGCUCUCGGCGCUUAUGGCGCGCACGUCGUCGCCGAAAGUAAGACUCUUUCGCCGAAACUCAAAGACGUCUUCGAGAGAGCGAAUAAAUACCAUUUACUACACUCUCUCGCGCUGCUGGCCGUUCCGCUCACGGCUCACCCCUCGCUGUCCGGAAGCCUCCUAUUCAUAGGAAUGACGGUCUUCUGCGGCACGUGUUAUGCGCACGUCUUCAGCGGCGGCAACAAAGCGGUCAUCCGUUUCACGCCAAUGGGAGGCCUCACUCUCAUCAUGGGAUGGCUUUCCAUGGCUUACGCCUGA